UGAUGACUGACUAUGGCCGCCGCGGUGGGCCCUGAAUUGAAUGGACCAUGGAGCAACCACUGCCGACGCCUACGCCGACAACGACGACGACGACGGCUUGAAACCGGGGACCAAAAACUUUUGCCUCGUGUGACGCCCUCACUUAUCCAUCCGCUCGUGCUCCCCGACGCUCACGCCCGCGGCCUCGAGAUCGCCAUCUCCAGCAUCGGCUCCCCUCUGACCGAGACACCUGCCGCCUGCAGCUCGGGUUGCAACGCCGCCCGCCCGCUAAAAAUUUCUCUGCCCGAGGGCAUUCCUGCCUCGACCUCUCCUCCCGCCUCUGUGCACUCACUCACUCCCCGCAACCCGCCGCGGCCAUGUUGGACCAAAUGGCAAACGAAAUCAAGCUCAUCUCGGGCAGCUCACACCCCGACCUGAGCGAGCUGGUCGCCAACCGGUACGUCCGACGAUGGCUCGGAGAGAGCAGUCGUGCCGGGCCUAUCCGGCCGAGUCCGUCGUGAGGGUCCUGACUGACAUGUUUGCCGCGCGCAGGCUGGGCAUCUCCAUCGCCAACACCAUGAGCCUCAACUACUCCAACCAGGAGACGAGUGUUUCGAUCGGCGAGUCUGUGCGUGAUGAGGAUGUCUUCAUUCUCCAGUCGACCGCCCCCGGCGAUGUCAACGACGGCCUCAUGGAGCUACUCAUCAUGAUUCACGCCUGCAAGACGGCCUCAGCUAGGCGCAUCACCGCCGUCAUCCCCAACUUCCCCUACGCUCGUCAGGACAAGAAGGACAAGUCGCGCGCCCCCAUCAGCGCCAAGCUCAUCGCAAACAUGCUGCAGGUCUCUGGCUGCAACCACGUCAUCACCAUGGACCUGCACGCCUCCCAGAUCCAGGGCUUCUUCAACGUUCCCGUGGACAACCUGUAUGCUGAGCCCUCGGUGCUGCGCUGGAUCCGCGAGAACCUCGACGUCGCCAACUGCGUCAUUGUCUCCCCCGAUGCCGGCGGUGCCAAGCGCGCGACCUCCAUUGCCGACCGCCUCAACACGGCCUUUGCGCUCAUCCACAAGGAGCGCCCGCGCCCCAAUGUCGUCGGCCGCAUGGUGCUCGUCGGCGACGUUCAGGACAAGGUCGCCAUUCUCGUCGACGACAUGGCCGACACGUGCGGCACGCUCGUCAAGGCGGCCGAGACGGUUAAUCAGCAUGGCGCUCGCCAGGUGUUUGCUAUUGUCACGCACGGUAUUCUGAGCGGCAAGGCUAUCGAUAACAUUAACCAGUCAUGCCUAUCGGGCCUGGUUGUGACCAACACUGUGCCUCUUGGUGACAAGGCGGAGCGCUGUAAGAAGCUCAAGGUUAUCGAUGUCUCUGGUACCCUGGCCGAGGCCAUCCGCCGGACGCACAACGGCGAGUCGGUGUCUUAUCUCUUUACCAACGUUCCUGUUUGAUGAUUUGCGCUUUUUUUUUCACGGGCAUUAGAUUUACCAAGGGCGUCGGGGUUUGUCGUUUGAGGUUCACGGGUUUUGUUUUCUUUUGCGCCAGUGGUAGCUUGCCGGUCGUGCUGCUACGGUUGAACCGGAUGAGGAUAGUCCUCCAAGACGGAGAGUAAGGUGAAAAUUGGGACAUGGCCAUGGCACUCCCUACCAUGAGCCUCGGGUUUCUUUGAGACGGAACACAGCGGAAGCGUAUGCAGCCAAGUAGAGAUCCUCAUGAGUUAUAUCCGCUUCAAAAAAUCGCCUAC